AUGGAGGAAGCAAUGGUGAAUCUCUACAAGAGGGUCGACGAACUCGACCAAUACCUCUCUAUGGAAGUGAAGGUUAUAGAGGAGAUCAAUGGGAGGAUGAAAACAAUCAUGGAAUCCAGGCAUGACAUAAUACAAAGCAUACCAGACGAUUUGGAAGAUGCUACAAACCGAAGAUCUCGAGCCUCUGUCGAGAAUUUGGAGGAGGCAUGGGUCACACGGUUCUGA